ACAAAUUGGAAAAAAUCCACAAAAAGGUGUGAUUUUUUCAUUAGUAGAUAAUAAAUAAUUGAUAAUUGGGACUCAAAAUCGCACGUAGUGUUUUUCUCAUUGUAAUUUAACGAAUUUGGGGUUUAAAGUCUAGUGUGUUUACGUUUGGGAUUGGCAUUCCUGCUCAAAACGGGGCAAAUGGUGGUGAAAAGUGAGCAAGAUGGCGCGUGAUGAAUUUUAGCACAUGUCAAAUAUUUUUGCGAAAUUGGAGGCGCCCUGAAAAAUGAGGAGGAAAUGUGAGGAGGUGUCGGGCUCUUCGGCCGAUUACGGGCCGAUGAGUACUGAAGAUGUCCAAGUCGAUGUGAAAUACAGCGAUGAUCUUGGGAACAAAACUCCAAAACAACUGCUCCUGAACUCCACUACGACAGUGUCGAGUAUUGAGAUGUUUGUCCGAGAUGAGUUUCCAAACGAUCACGAAAGUCUUGAUCUCGUACUCCAGUAUGAGGAUGGAAAAGAAAUUUGCCUCAGCGACCACAAAACCAGCUGUAUGGCAGACCUCGGCAUAACCCUAACACCUGGACAUAAUUACACAAUUCUCGUUUCACCAUCAGAAAAACGCAACAUGUCUUUGUACGUUAACGACGUCACCGAAGAUGAUUUACUAUUAGGAGCUUCGGCUAGUCCAACAACCGGUGAAGUUUUAUCAUCUAGUGCAAGCGAUAGUGCUGCCCCUAUCGACGAUUAUCCCGAACAUGGUCAUUGUUCGAGAUGUCGUAUUGGACCGACUGGUGAAGAAUCGUCCAAUAAUGUUGAAGCAAUGAGUGUUGUUGAAACUACGAAUUAUGUCGGUCUAGUCAACCAAGCAAUGACGUGUUAUUUGAACAGUUUGGUUCAAGCGUUGUUUAUGACACCAGAAUUCAGAAACGCCAUCUAUAAUUGGGAGUUUGAUGGACAGAAUGAGGCCAGGUCUAUACCCUAUCAGCUGCAGAAGUUGUUCCUCAAUUUACAGACGUCAACGAGGUCAGCCGUUGAGACCACCGACCUAACCACCAGCUUCGGUUGGCAAGGAAGUGAAGCAUGGCACCAGCACGACAUCCAAGAGCUGUGCCGAGUCAUGUUCGAUGCGUUAGAGCGCAAAUUCAAAGACACCAAACAGGCAAAUCUAAUUAACGAUUUGUACGAAGGCACCAUGUUAGACUAUGUCAAGUGUUUAGAGUGCGGUACGGAAAAAUCCCGCGAGGAUACGUUCCUAGAUAUUCCGUUGCCGGUGAGACCGUUUGGUAGUACAGUAGCGUACAAUAGUGUCGAAGAAGCGCUGAGAGCGUUUGUCCAACCGGAAACAUUGGAAGGAAACAAUCAAUAUCAUUGCGAGAAAUGUAAUAAGAAGUGUGACGCACACAAAGGUUUGAAAUUUAUAAAAUUCCCUUAUUUACUCACAUUGCAUUUAAAGAGGUUCGAUUUUGACUACAACACUAUGCACAGAAUCAAGUUGAACGAUAAGGUUGUGUUUCCUGAAAAACUUAAUUUAAAUUCUUUCGUGCCUAAUAAUAGGAGUGAAAAUGAUGGGUUGGAGGAGAGAGAUACGGUUGUAAGGUGUGAUGAGUGUAGUACGACGGAUUCUGGAUCGGCUUUGGAUGAUGAGAGCUGUCAGGGUACUGAUUUGUCUUCCACUGUUAAUGAUCAUGACGAUAACUGCGAGGAUAGUGAUGAAGGAAUCGACGUAAGUUCCGGCAACGCACACCACGAAAACGACGCCAAAGGCCCCUACAUUUACGAACUGUUCAGCAUAAUGAUCCACUCAGGCAGCGCCUCUGGUGGUCACUACUAUGCUUACAUCAAAGAUUUCGACAAAAACCAAUGGCUGUGUUUUAACGAUCAGAGCGUAAACCGCAUCACCGAAGAAGACAUUAAAAAAACCUACGGUGGCGGCCCCCAAAAAGGCUACUAUUCAGGCGUCUACACCUCUAGUACAAACGCCUACAUGUUAAUGUAUCGUCAAAUCGACAAAGACCGAAACUGUGGCGCAAUGAAAGUCGAGGAAUUUCCACCGCACAUGCAAAAAUUGCUCCAGAAUAUGCGAAAUAAGGAGAAGACCGAUCGAUUGAAUAAAGAAAAGCAAAAUAAUUCGUUCCGGCUGACGGUUAAUUGUUACCAUCCAUAUACGGAGGAGAUGAUGGAUGUGAGGAUUAGUUUGUACUUGGAUUCGACGCUGGAAGAUGCCGUCCAGAUGGCGCAUCGUCGGUUCAAGUUGGAAGGGAUUGUGAAUGUUGAUGAUUGCAGGAUGGUUAUUUUUAAUAAGAAACAAUCAUGUAUCGACUGUAGUUUCGAGUCCGAUGACCUUAAAUUCUGUGAUAUUGACGAUAAUUAUAAAGUGUGUUAUCAGGAAUGGCUGUUAGACAUCAGGGAGCCAGGAACGGAGUUUACAACCUACAAGAAAGGAGGAGUCAACAAGAGAACAUACUACGUAAAUAUCGAAACAGAGGACGUCAGGGAACCGUUUAUGGUGCGGAUCGACGUUGGCGAUACUGUUGGUGAUGUAAAAAAUAAAAUUGCCGAACAGUUGGAAACGAACGUUAAUAACAUCAAGGUUGCAAUUGCGAAAUUUUGCAAUGAGGGCAAAUACUUAGAUGACGACAACGCGACGCUUGCUAUCGAUAAUACCUCCCCUGAUUUCAAACUGUACGUUACAAAUGCGAUAGAUGAGGAUCCAGAUAAGAGUUUUGAAAAUUCUAAGUUUAAGAAAAUUAUUGAUAGGUUUGAGAAUAUCGUUUAUUUGAGUGUUUUGUUGCCGGAUACUGAUCCAGUGACUUUGGAUGGUUUGUUUAUACCAAAUUUGGAUCCUGAUAAAUUGGGUGCUGUAACGACUGAUCGAACCAAUUCUCCUAGUCUUAGGAUUUCGCCACAACCGGGCGUUUUGAGUUGUGGCGAUAAUUUCGGUGAUCAGAGCAACAGUGAGGAUAGUAGUUUGAGUGAUAGCGAUAGGACGCUUGUAGGAGAUGCACCAGGUGAAUGCCAGGGCAUUUUCUCGAGCAGUUCCACAUCGCCCGCCGACCAGCACAUGACCUCCCCCAUGGACCCCGCCGAAGACAUGUACAACUACGACGUUCUCGGCAAUCCGUCCGAAGAAAUGAACUGGGAUUCCCACGCAACUGGCGUCAUCCGCAACGCCACCUUUUUCAAACUCUUGAACACGCGCGAUUGCCGGCGCGGCGUUUCGGACGCGAAUUACGCGAAAAUAUGCAAAGUGUUCGUCGAUAAUCGCAUGACUUUAGAAACGUUUAAAAAAUAUCUAGAAUCGGUAGUUAGGGUUCCUAAGGAAUAUUUUAAAAUUUACCGACAGUAUCCGAGUCCGGACGAGGAAUGGUCGAACUUAUCCGACACUUUACGACUGGCUCGCGACGGUCAAACGCUCACUGUUAAGUUGGGCCGAGCGUUGGCGAUCAACGAAUUCAGUUGUAAGGUUUAUUUGUUGCGACCGGAAAGCACCGAAACCAAUCACUUCCUAUUCGAACAUAUCUUAACUAGGGGACAAUCCGUAGGCCAAGUCAAGAAGGAGAUUUUGUUCAAGGCGAAAAAGCAGCACAUGUUGGAUAUACAGUUUAAUAGAUGUCGUCUGAGGGAGAAGUGUUUGAAAAAGCCGAGGAAAGUUUAUCUCGAUGAUCAAACCUUCUCGGAUGAUAUUCUAGUGUUGAGCAGUUACGAGCUGUACCUCCAGGAGUUACCAUAUCCGGAGAAAGUUACUUCAACCAAUCAGCUUGUUUUGUUUGCGCGACAUUGGUGUCCGGCAACGAUGACACUUGAGCCGUUUCAGGAAGUUAUUAUUGAUACUCCGACCAUGUCCGAAUUAAAAACGAAAGUGGCCGAACUUUCGAAUAUUCCCGUCGAAAAUGUCCAAGUAGCAUUUGUCAAAAGUACAUUUCCUUGCGAUAUGCAUUUGUUAGAUAUACACACUGAGUUGGAGUGGGAUCCGAACGUGACGCAUUUGUAUCAGUGGCCUCUGCAGGUGGAUGAUGGAACUGCCUUUUUCUACAGAGAUGGGCGCGAGGAGCUGAAAGAGUUAACGUAUGAGGAGAAGAAAGAGAUUAACAUAAGGGAGAACACGCGCUUGGGUCGCGUCCCCUUGAAGAGUUGUGCCACGUUGGAGAAGUCGUUGCGUAUUUAUUUAGAUAAUUGGCCUUCUGAAACAGAGGACAAUUGUAUAGACUGACAUGCCAGUAAACAAUACAAUAAUUCGUUACCUUACUGCAUCCUAAGCUGAAUCGACGACUACGAUGCGCCGGAUAAGUUGUAUGGACUGUUUUAAAUAAUACAAUGUUUUUUUUAGCGGCGGACGUCGAAAUGGCAUUGUUGUAUUUUAAUUAAUUUUGUAAUUGUUUUUAUGCCAUGCAUUCAUGCUCUCGAUUUUUCAUUAAUAUUGUUAUUUCGUUUGUUUCAUUUAUAUUUAUUUGUUUUAACGUUAGACAAUAGUUUGGAAAAGUUUAAAUUAUUGUACACUUUUACUUUAUCGUACGAUUUGUAGUUUAGUUUUUUUUUUUCGUUUUGUCGGACUUGUCUGUUAUCGUUUAUUACUGGCAUGGUUGAAACCCCAUUUUAUAGUUUCCCAAAAUGAAUUCUGGGGCAGAGCCACCUGAAGACAAACGUUCAUUUUGAGGAAUUCAUUUUGCUAACGCUUGUCAUUAUACAGCUACUUUGUAAAAAUAUUUAUUUGUGACUGAUCAAUAAAAUCUUUAUCUACA